AUGAUAGCAUCAAAAGAAUGUUUUAAAAGUGAUUUUAUGAAGGAUUCUGAGUUAAAACCAGAUAAAGUCCUUGACUGUGGUCUAGAUCAGGCUCUUGCUGCCUAUGAUUGGAAUCCAUCAAGCCCAAUUGAUUUUGCGGUAGAUGCCUUUGCCGCAGAUAUCUGCUGUGGUGCCUCAUCUCAUAAUAUCUCUAAGAUCGCUGAGUUUGCAUCUUCCUCUAUAUAUGCCGAUGAUGAUUAUGAAGUAGAUAAUUUUAUUGCUGAUGGUGACGGCUACGUACGAAUAUUAAACUACUUAGCCACAAAGGCUAAAGUGCUUUCAAGUGCAAACACUUUAAAUGAAGAGAUCGUUCAUAUGAAUACAGUUGUUAAUAAAAUAAUUUGGGGUGACUCCUCGACUGGCCAUUUUUCCACUGUCCAUGCUUAUAACCAGAAUAAAACCCUUACCUACAAAGCCCAUUAUGUAAUAGUCACAAUUCCAAGCAGUUUAUAUGCUGAUAAGCUAGAAGCGAAUGAUGCAUAUUCAUCCUCUGUGAAAUUUGAGCCGGCUCUGCCUAGUGAACUUCAACAAGUAUUAAAAUGUAUAAGAUACUCCAAUUAUAUUAGAGUAUUUUUGGCCUACACUGAAGCCUUCUGGGACCCUUCUGAUACUAUUUUAAAAGUUAUAGAUGAUAUUUUAAUGGAAGCGGGCGAUAAUUCAAAUGUAAACUCUUGUUGGUUCGGCAACGGUGAUCAUCCAAGCCGAGCUUUCUUUUGUUUCCAAAACCCACUUCCAGCCCUAAAGCUAACGGGCCAAGAAUUGAAGAAUCCCCAACUCCCUGUCAUAAUAUGUCAUAUUUCUGGGGAUUUUGCUGACAGAUUACUCGAUGUUUCAGAUGAAGGAUUAGUCAGAAUGGUAUCUGAAAGUCUUGCUUCUAUUUAUCCCAACAAGGCCGAAAUUGCAAAGCAUCCUGUCGAAUCCAAAGUCGUUUCUUGGGCCAAAGAGAUCUAUUCGAAAGGGGCUUUUGCCUAUGCAAGGCCUGGUUUGAAGUUUAGCGACCUAAAUAAAUUGACCCAGAAGCUCACCUGCAGUAGCAAACAUGGAGGCCUCUAUCUUGCUGGAGAUGCAUUCACUUUUGAAUAUCUAGGCUGCAGCCAGGGAGCCUAUUUAACUGGAUUUAAGGCUGCCAAAUCUAUUAUUGCUGAGAUGAACUAA